AGGCAUGCAAACCCAGGCAUGUAAAGUUACGGAGCGCGGUCCGCCAUAAUAGGGAAGUAGGCAACUGACUAAACACUCGAUCUCAAUUAACACCUAUACCGAAAGAAAACUCUCAUACAGAGAAUCAGGCCAUUAGUCAGUAAUUUCGUCAGCACAUUUUCCUUCAAUAACUCGAGACCGCGUAGCAAAUGGGGCUCGCAGAAGACGAAUCUCCGCUUAUCCAGGAUCGACGAUUGCACACACAGCACAAAGUUUUGUCGUAAAGGAAGAGGAAGGAGAGGUAGAAGGGGGAUUGUGCAAAGCGCUUUUCAGAGUCGGUCCGGGAACACCAAUUGUGCCACCGUUUCUUCUGCAUUUUUGUCAAUCUCCCUUGUGUUCAUCAGCACUUCUGGCGCUGCACGGGAUUAGGAUUCGCAAUUUGCCCAGAAGAGUCUUUCGUGAAGCUCUGUUGACUGCAAUGUGUUUCGGAUCGUAGGUGGAAAUUGGACUUUUGAGUUGUCUGGGAAUUGGUGCGAGGUUCAACGUGGGGCGGCGGGAAGGACAGAGCGAGCGGAGAUGUCGGCCGUAGGAGCCAAGAAGGGAGUGCUGGAGGUGUUCAAGUUCGGAUGCUAUAUCUCCAUACCUAUUCUCAUGAUGUCCGCGUUCGCUUACGACCCUCAAAAUUUGGAGCGCAUCAUUCGAAAUCGAUCGUACGUGGUGUACCCUCCCGAAGGUCCACGACCUCCAACCGGAGAGGAAAUGCGCGAAAUGAUGAAGAAGAAUAAACAGUAGCACUGGCUCGUUAUCAAAUGGUCGCUGGGCGUGAGACAACCUCGGCCAUCGAAGAAGAAGGUGUACAGGUUUGCCACACGACGGAGAGUCUUCGAGUUUGCCUGAAAGGAAGGCACUAUGGCCACAAGGCUCUUGAAGCUGCUCCUCAUUUUAGCCACUUGCACGGUACUUUUAUGCGGAUCCCAAGAUCCCACACAAUUGUAGCGCAGUCUGCUCAUCCAGAUUCUGUGCCAUAUGAUGCAAGUCUUCGUACUGCUAGUCCAUUAAAACGCCAUGAAAAUGCAGAGAUUAUUGUUUUGAAGGCAUAAGAAGCCACUUUACAGAAUUGAAGAUUGGGAAGAGUCUAAGCACGUGCCUGUCACUGUUACCCGUCUCUUUACACGUAGAUAGGUGACCGAGACAGACACAGAGUUUGGAUAUAUGGGAAGACGGUGGAUUUUCACAUCUACAGUUCAAACGCAACCAUUGUUUGUAAUGGUGUCUAUAAUAGUUUUAAAUUUUGCUCGUGAGAUGGGCGAGUGGUGUGCAACAGAUCUUUCAGGGCACAAGUGGUGCAUUCUGUUGGCGAGCACUGGCAGUCAGUCCCUGCACUCGAUCCUUUAGAGUCGGCGUUUGUAUCCAUGUGAGACAUGUUUCGCAUGUGCUUUAUAAUGACGUGUGUCGAAGCAGUUGGAUGAAUGUUUCUGAUUCCAUAAGUUGAUGAAGGACGAGCACGAAGACUUGAAUCAUACUCCCUCCAAGUGUUCAUAAUUUUUCAUUUUGGAACUUCAGAUUUCUUUCUGCCUUUCUAUCUUCACACGCAUUAGCUCCCAGUCGAUACCCGAGUUGCACCGGGUGCUCAACAGCAGCUUAUUUUUGAAGGUUUCGUUGGACGAGAUUGAUUGGUUUCAAAGCUUGCGUUCGGGUCCCUGCGCACCUAACAAGCGAGCACAUCCUCCUAUACGUGGUGAAAUUGAUACUCCUUGAUAUGUGCGUAGUCUGGAAAUGUCUUUGCAACAUGAGAUAUCAGAACUUAGUAACACGAGAAUAAGUUGCUGGGUUCUGGUACAAGUCUACCUAUCUGUAUGUAUAAAGAAAGACUUAUUCUUGUAAUGGAAAAGGAC